AUGGGGCCAGAGCCGGCCGGGUCGGGCGAGCAGGCGGGGCUCUCAGCGUCUCCGCAGUCGGGGUCGGGCGUGCCCUGCGCGGUGCACCAACCCGAGCCACAUUCAAGAGUCAUUAUCUCUGCACUCCGUCGAGUCCCCGCACCUUUGCGCCCGAGCCGGCGGGCCCCUCUCCGGCCGCGCAGUCCCGGGCACCCCGCGCACCCUUUUCCUCGGCCUCCGGGGCCCCCGUGCCUCUCCUGCCCUGCCCCGCCUGCCGCGCGGAGGCGGCUCCUCCUCAGGUGGCAGAGCCGGGGCCUCCCCCAGCAGACCUGUCACCCGACACCCAGGAAGCGCGCGGCCCCAUCCCGGCUCCUCUUUGUUCCCCCGCCGGACUCUGCGCUCGGGCGCCGCCUCCUCCCGCGUAGCGCUGUGGAGGUUCGGGGCGCGGGCCUCGGCCCGGACGCGCCUCGGGUUCCGUCCAUCUGGCCCGCUCCGAACCAGGGCCCUUUUUGUCUUGUUUUUCCCAUGUGGACUCCGCGCGGAGCUGGGAGGCGGCGGUGCGCCCAGCCUGGAGCCGGCGCAGGUCUGGCAGCUUUCAAAUCACAGGGUCCUCCAGCAAAGUGCCAUCAAAACCCCAUGCGACAGGCUCCCUGUGAAGACCAGCCCUAAUGCAGGAAGAUGUCAGCGGCCACGAGUGGAUGGAUAAUCCUGGUUGGAUGCUAAUGGCGAAGGCUCGGGCCUGGCACACAGGCUUCCAGCGGGGCGGUGUGGAC